AUGGUGAUUAAUAUCUUUGAGCUUCUGGGCGUUCUUCCAAAACUUCAAAAGCUAUAUUUGGACUUUCUAUGGUGCGAGCACUGCGAGUUUUUAGAAGACGGUGCUAAAAAGAGGUCCCCUACCACCUUUCCCUGCCUCAAGACACUUAAAUUAUCAGCAAUCGAUUUAGAAAAUGGUAAUAUGUUAUCAUGUGCUUUUGAAAUGAUUAAGAGCUUCCCGAAUCUGCAGACUCUUGAAAUCACACCAACUUAUUAUGGGGAUGCCCCAAAAGCUGCAAUUUGUUCUCUAGAUGUAGACUACAAUACACUGGGGAUGUUGCAGCUUCGAAGUGUUGUCUUUACAUAUUCUAAAGCUUCAGAGAGUGAAGUAUGUUUGAUAAAGUAUUUACUUGCGUGUUCUCCUUUCCUAAAAAAGAUUGUUAUUCGUCCCCACAGCUGUCUAGCGCUCAGUGAACAGAUGAUGUUUGCUAAGAAGUUGUUGAAGCUCCAUCGAGCCUCCCCCGAUGUUGACAUCAAUCUAUGCUAG